UUUCUGUCUUUGUGGCAGUUGUCCUAUAAUGUUUGAGGGAAAUAGCUAUGUUGAGCUGUGCUCAAUAACGCCAAUUCUUUUUCGAAUUUAACUACUGAUAGAGUGGGUAAUCUUAAGGAAAUCUUAAUCAAUCAGGAUUUGACUCAGAAAAUACAACUCGUGCAAAAUGUCAUACAAGUUAUGAACGAUGUUCAAAAAUUAAAGAAUGAUGUUCAGCGUCUGGAAACGGAAAAUUCCCAUCUCAAAGCAGAAAUUAAAAACAAAACAGAGAGUUGCACAAAGACACUGGCAUGCCUGGAUCAGAAAACACACGUUGCAUUUUAUGUGUUCUACUCUUACAAUUUCAAAGCUCUAACCAUUGGGACAACUUUAGUCUUUGAUUCUGUAGUCACAAACCUUGGCAAUGGGUAUAAUAAAAGAACUGGAAUAUUUACUGCUCCAUCAUCCGGGGUCUAUACCUUCACCUGGACAGUGAACACAGCAGGACUACACGUCGCUGGACAAUCUGGUCAAUAUGGCGAAAUGAAUGCGUCCAUAAAACAAAACGGAGUAACAAGAGGGUCGAUUAAAGCUGAUUCUGAAAGCGAGAAUAAUGACGAAGCUGCUACUGGUUUUGUUGUUUUGAGUCUAAAAGCUGGGGACGAAAUACAGGUUGUGUCUGAUAAGUUAAACGGUCAGGGAUCUAUAUACAGCGACAAAAAAUAUGGCCGUACUACUUUUUCUGGAUUUCAGAUUGCAUGACUCCUUUGUAACAUGAUUCAUGUUUUUUAUGUCACUUGCUUACAAAUAUUCAAUGGAAGGAAAGACAAUCAACUCUGUAACGUUGUGCAAGUCGUCUUGUGCUUAUGAAAUGGAACGUGGUCAUAUGAAUAGGCAUCGGUCAAUUAAAAAAACCCUCUAUUUUGGGUGAUGAGGAUGGACCCUCUUUUCCGAGUUUUCUUUUUUCUUGAAAUAUAAAUAUUGGAAAUGUUCCAACUGUAAAAAUUUAGAGGGAGUAAACAUACGCAUAUACAUGUAUGAGUGUAAGAAGGCAGAAUUUUAAAUAAAAUUUAAACAUUUAAAAAAGAACUUGUUUAGUAAUUUUCUUUUCCUCGAUUGCUUCAUUAAAUGAAAAUCGUUUAUGAAAUUAUUUUUAUAUCGCAGUAUAUGAAUUUUGAA